CCAGGUAACACAGCUAAAUGGUGACCUUCUUCCCACAGGGUUUCCGCUACGUGGAAAAGGAGGGUCAGUGCUGCAGCCAGCGUCAGCAAGUGGCUCGUGUGGCAAACUUCCCAUUUGGCACUGUGACCAUUGAGGUUGGAAAGAGUUAUAAAGCACCAUAUGAUAACUGUACUCAGUACACAUGCACCGAAUCAGGGGGCCAGUUCUCCUCGACUACUACAGUUAAGAUUCCUGAAGGUGGCUUGAAGAACCGCAUAUCACAAAUAUCUCAACCUAGAAGCCAGUCUCACCGAUAGCUGCAAGAUAUCUUUAGCCAUCAGGUUAUAAAGUGCAAAAGGGAAUGAGAAUCAGAGGAUCUGGCAGGUGACUUCACUGAAGUCGGAUAACAGACUAAUGCGAGGAAAUGAAGCACUGGAAGUCACUGCCGACAGUGACCGGAGUUUCUCACCCGUCAUGAUUCUGUUCUUUUUUUGAUGUAGCUUUUUUUUGUGUGUGUGUGUGUAAAUUUGAUAUUUUCUGAACUUUGUUUUUUGUAUAAACAUUUAAAUUUUAAUAAGGAAUAAAAUAGAAGCUAAUUUUGUUUCUCAAGUUCUCUCUGCUAAAACAUGAAGUGGAAAGAAAUUUGUAUUGUUUAAUAAAUCACUUAGUUGUUAAA